AUGUUCACAUGGAAGGGGUUAUGGUCGGGUUUGGUGGCGUCUGUCUCCACUGGCAUUUUUUCUCAGAAACAACUAACUGCUAGCCACACCACUGAUCAUGCUGGAAGACCACAUAUAAGGGACGAGGCUGCUAUUCCUCCCCUUAAUUCGGUCGCCCUUGAGGAGCUCCCUGAAAACAGCAUGACUCAAGAGGCAACAUAUGCUCUCCUGCAACGGGAGCUCAGUCGAGAUACCAAUCCUCAAUACAACCUUGCUACAUUUGUCACUACAUGUAUGGAACCGGAAGCUACCCGGCUGAUAGCCGAGAAUCUGGCGAAGAAUUUCGUUGAGGCCAAGGCAUAUCCGGUCGCUUCACAAAUCGAGAAGAGAUGCCUCACAUUAAGCACACUAGAAAGCUCUGAGGCGAUCAUACUCGCGGUUCUUGCCCUGAAAUCCAAGUGGAUUAGACGACAGCAGGCUACACAUAAGGCUGACUGUCCAACACCAAAUAUUAUCAUUAGUUCGGCUGCUCAGAUUUGUUGGAAAAAGGCGGCGCACUAUUGCGAGAUAGAUGUCCAAUAUGUGCCAUGCUCGGAAGACCGAACCGGGACUACUUAUACCGGGGAAUACGAAGAUGUCAAAAAGGUGAACGACCUUCUCUUGCAACGCCGCCUUGAGAUACCCAUUCAUGUGGACGCAGCCAGUGGAGGUUUUGUGGCACCAUUUCUGUCUCCCGAUAUGACCUGGGACUUUCGGCUAGAACGGGUGGUAUCGAUCAAUGUUUCAGGCCACAAAUAUGGCCUAGUAUAUGCAGGAAUCGGCUGGGGCCUUUGGCGUUCACCCGACGAACUCCCCCAGGAUCUCAUUUUCCAUCUUUCUUAUCUUGGGAUAAAGCAAUCGUCCUUUACUCUCAUUUUUUCUAAGAGCUCGUCCCAUGUAAUUGCGCAAUACUACCAGUUUCUUCGUUUAGGAAGGGUCGGCUACUGCACCACCAUCCGGCACAUCGCCGAAGUCGCCACCCACCUUGCGGACUCGCUACAGAGUCUAGGCUUUCACAUACUGAGCCAGCCCGAUGGCCUCCGAGGAAUCCCUGUUGUUGCGUUUCGCAUUAAUCGCAGAUUUCAUUGCGAUGUCGACGAGUUUGACUUGUCGAGAAGAUUGGCAGUUGUAGGGUGGCAGGUCCCCACGUACCACAUGGCAGACGGGGCGGGCCAGAUGGCAUUGUUGCGGGUCGUGUGCCGAGCGGACUUUACACGUGCGAUUGCCGAUCAGUUCAUCAGCGCCGUGGAAUCGUGCAUGCGAAGCCACUUAUCUAAUAGCGUGGAUAUUGGGCAGUCAUGA